UACUUGUGUUAGUCGUGGAAGGGAUGAAACUGUUACAUUUCUCAACUUAUGUGCUUAUUUUAACCACCGAAUCUGUUUUCUUUUAUUCAGUUUAAUAGUUGUGACUCACUUUAGAAGUUUUACGAGGUUUUGAGUCGUCUAGGCGAGAUUCUGGCGUCAUGCUGCCUGAGUUGCUCGUUCUCAUGUUAGCUUCCUGCUGCAUCGGCGAGUCAAAGAGGAGAAAUGUGCUUCUAAUCAUUGCCGAUGAUGCAGGUUUUGAGACGGAGGUUUAUAACAACUCAGUGGUCCAUACGCCCCACCUGCGCUCUCUGGCCCAGCGCAGCGUGGUGUUUAACAACGCCUUCACAUCUGUCAGCAGCUGCUCUCCGAGCCGCUCCGCCAUCCUGACUGGCCUGCCACAGCAUCAGAAUGGCAUGUACGGACUUCACCAAGGGGUUCAUCACUUCAACUCUUUUGAUGAAGUUCAAAGUCUUCCACUGCUGCUCAAACAGGCCAACGUGCACACAGGUAUAAUUGGAAAGAAGCACGUCGGCCCUGGAUCUGUUUACCCUUUUGACUUCGCCUACACAGAAGAAAACAACUCUGUCCUCCAGGUGGGGAGGAACAUCACCCGCAUCAAACUCCUGGUCCGCAAGUUUUUCCAGACCCAUAAAGAAGAAGCCUUCGAACGAAGGCAAGAGAAACAAGGAAACGGAAAUGAUAUCAAAGACGAAGAGAGGCCGUUUUUCCUUUAUGUCGCCUUCCACGACACCCACCGAUGUGGACAUUCACAGCCCCAGUAUGGAGCUUUCUGUGAGAAGUUUGGAAAUGGUGAAAUGGGGAUGGGGAGAAUUCCUGACUGGACGCCAGAAUAUUACAAACCAGAGCAAGUAAAGGUACCUCCUUUUGUGCCGGACACACCGACAGCAAGAGCCGACUUGUCUGCUCAGUACACCACAGUGAGCAGACUGGAUCAGGGUAUUGGAUUAGUUCUUCAGGAGCUCAGAGAAGCCGGUUAUGAGAACGACACUCUGAUCAUCUACAGCUCAGAUAACGGGAUCCCCUUCCCCAAUGGUAGAACCAACCUGUAUCAGUCCGGGACGGCAGAGCCCAUGCUGGUGUCGUCUCCAGAGCACAGGCAGCGCUGGGGAGACACCAGCCAGUCCUACGUCAGCCUGCUGGAUAUCACUCCCACCAUUCUGGACUGGUUCUCUGUUUCCUACCCAUCCUACAUCCUCCCCAGCAGCCCGGCCUCCCCGGUGCACCUCACUGGUCGCUCCUUACUUCCAGCUCUGGUGGCUGAGCCCAGCAGCUGGCACACCGUCUACUCCAGCCAGUCGCUGCACGAGGUAACCAUGUACUACCCAACUCGCUCUGUCCAGCAGGGGCCCUACCACCUUCUCCACAACCUACACUACCGAAUGCCCUUCCCCAUCGAUCAGGAUCUGUACGUGUCGCCCACCUUUCAGGACCUGCUGAACCGCACCAGGCUGAGUCAGCCAACGCACUGGUUUAAAAGCCUGGAGCAGUAUUACUACAGAGAGCGCUGGGAGCUGUUCGACACCAGGACAGACCCUCUGGAAACGAAGAACCUGGCGUCGGACCCGUCCUUCGGCUCCGUGCUGGAGAGCCUGAGGCAGCGUCUGCUGAAGUGGCAGUGGGAGACCGGAGACCCCUGGGUCUGCGGACCAGACUACGUCCUGGAGGACAAGCUAGAGCCUCACUGCAGACCUCUCUACAAUGGACUGUGAUGGACUCUAAUGGUACUUUCACUCAUCUUGAUUGACAUGAUGUCUGCUUGCAUGAGUGCAUUUACCUUUAAAAAUACAUGACAUUUGUUUGUAAUUUAUAUUUUUGUACAUCAGUGCUGCUUUUAAAGCUCAAGAAUAAACACAAUUUGAGUUGGA